AUGCCUCUCACCCCGUUGGUGCUCUCCCCGGCACUUCCGUCCGAGUUACUCACAUAUAUUCUGGACCAUCACGUGUACCCUACUACUCUCAUCGUCUGCUUUCCGCGGACAGAUUUCCUAGACGCUCUUGCCAGGGGAAUCGAACAUCAAACUGGUAUUCAUGAACAUCAACCACCCCUAGCAGCCGGGUCCAGUGGCCAACCUCUAGACGAUGUGCCGCCAGAGGGGCUUCCACCACCACAACAAACUCACGCUCCCAACCAUCAACUCCUCUCCUCACCCCUAUAUCAAGUUGCCAUAUCUAGGCACGUGCGCACAGUCUUCAUACCCACCGUAACCCAUCUACGGGCCUACCUGUCUGUCUUCUCACCGGAUGCCUCCAAGAUUCCCGCCCCGCCAUCAGAUUUUGCCCCUGUCGGCAGAAGACCGCCGCACCUGCUAGUCUACGGGGCGGUAGAGCUGCAUCGGGACACGAGCGAGUGGAGCGCUCAGGGUCUGGGGAGCACUGCCGCGGCCCUGGUAGAGACGGGACAUCGGCUUGGAUGGCGCGUUGUGCUGGCUGAACCGCCGGGGCAGCUUGACGACAGUAUGAUGGCGGACGAGGACGAGCAGCGAGCUGGGGACGCCGAUGCGUUUGCGCAGCUGCUGAAAGAGAACAUGCCGAUUCUAAGCGGCAGCGUGAGAAGAUUGGGACUGGAUGGUGAGCAGGGCGGCGGCUGGUCAGGGAGGACGGUAGAAGUUGGUAGAGUACUGAGUCGAUGGUUUCGGUUUCAGAGAGGGGACUGGAACGACUAUAGGGACGACAACUUUCCGAAGUGA